AGGAGGAGGAGGAGUCGACGCUAUUGAUCGGCACCACAUCAAGCACCUGCUCUGGAAAAGCGUCGCCAUUACAACGCCAUCACUCGCACAGCACUUCCGGCACUUUUCCUGAAUUUUCCUCCACCGAUGACUGUUUAAGGAGAAAUGAUAAUGAAGCGAUGUGGGAUACUGUUGCUGUGCUGGCUGUCGGUGAGCCGGGCACAGCGCCAGGACGACAGCUUGAGGGGGGCCCUUGAGGCGGUCACCCGUCGUCACCAGGACAUGUCCGCCGCACCACCAUACUACAUUGGACAACCCCGCACCUCCCAGAUCAACGACGAGCUACCCUAUUUCGAGAAUCAAGAGUAUGGCCAACCUGAAGACAUAGGCUACGGCUACCAAAAAUCAGUGGCACCACACACAGCAGGGAUUUUCGAGCCGAUCGCUCUGCCCAGCACUGAGUUGGGCGCUCAUGAAGCAUUGGCCAACAACCACCUCCCCCGCAUCACUGAGAGAGAACUCGAGCGACUCACAUCCGACUUCAUCGGAGACGAGCCGGACAACAGCCGACUUCUGGCUCACCGGUUGCCCAACGGCUACAAACGGUCGUCCGUUUUCCGCGAACGGGAAGAGCCCGACUCAUGGCAGAUGGCCGACGCGGAACCUGGCGAACGGAUGAGGGGUCCUUCCCGCAUGCGAAACGCCCUCGCUCUAGUUCGCAACUACGGCGGCCUUGACCGCGAACCAGAACAACUCCCAGACUCCACCGACCCCGACUCCUAUCUCAGACUCCUCAACUACGUCUACCACAAGUACAAGGCUGGCUCCAACAACGAGUUCGACCCUGAAGAUAUUGGAGACGGUGACGUUGAAGACCUUAUUGAGUACCUGGGUCGAGGUGAAAAUCGAGACAGGAAACGGUCCGACCACAACGGUGGCUACGAUUUCUUCAACUACCCAUCAGCCUGGUACAAGCGCAGUGACCAGCGAAUCGACACACCUCAAAGCGACGGCUUCUUCCAUGCUUUGAAAUUCCUGUCUGGUGAUCGUGACGCUCUGGAAGCGAUGAGAAACGAGGACGCACCGGGAGAGGAUGACGACGAAGAUGUGAGUAGGCUGCUGAUGGAGCCGGGUCCCCGUGUCUACAGGAAACGGUACCCAGCUAUUGGUGGAUUUGACGACCGGUUUUCAUACAAAGGUAUAGCAAAACGUUUCCCAGUCACCAAGCGCUCGCUCAAGUCAUCUUCUGGCCCCCAGAAUAAAGCUGCACUAACACACCAAACACCCAACAACGCCGGUACUACCGAUCCGGAGGUCGCCCAGGAAUUGGACAAUAUAUUCUCAGCUUCUGGUGAAGGUCACCACAAGGCUGCCGAACAGAAAGAGCAAAAUUCGUCUGCCACAACAGACAACCCCAAACCUGAACAAAAGAAGAAGGGAUCUGAGUUGUUUCCAGAGAAAAAAGAGAAGAAGGAUGAGAAGAGUAUGCAUUCAGUGCACCGGAGAGACAAGGAGGUGGCCGGGCAGAAAGAGGAGACCAACCCGAUGGACAACGAUGCGAGACCCGUAGAGGUGAGGAAGAAGUCGGUCGACUGGUCUGAGUACUUCGGCAUCGACAGGAGGCGUAAGAAGUCGGCCACUGAUAGUUUCGACGACGAUUGGCUGUUGAACCAAUACCUGAAAGCUUACUCGGGUCCGAAGAAGAUGAAGGCGCAAUCUCUGAGGGAUGCGGAGAUGGAGGCGAAGAAUGAGAUCCCGGAUGACAUCGACGGGAAGCUGAGGGCGAUGGAGGACCUGAUAGUGGAUGAAGCGCUCAAGUACACGGGGGCCAACCAGGGCCUGGCAACGGGGGACGAGGCGCAGAUGCACAAGGUCAAGGAACGCGUCAUGUCGCAGCUGGCGGCCGCCUACAGCUUGGAGAAGAUGCGCCGGGCGCUCGGAGAAUUCAAGUCAAGCAUCAAUGGUGACCAGCAGCACAAGCAGUCGCCGCAUGACAUCCAAUUCACAUUCACCAGCUUCCAACCAACCAACCAGCAAUCCUCCACACCGCCUCCCUCUUCUGAUGCUCCUAAGGAGGAGGCGUCAAAACGAGUGGCGGUGAAGAAAGAGAAGGCUGACACAGGAAAGAAGGAGAAGAAAUUUGAGAAAAUCUAUCAAGAAGAUAUGGAGAAAAACUACCUGCCAAUAGAGAAGCCUCUCCUCCAUUCAGUGCCUCUCGGCAGAUACUAUCCACAGAAAGUUGACUCAUGCCCAAUUCUGGAUGAGAUCGUGGGCCAUUGCCGGCAGAUCAGCAUUUUGUCGGGCGACAUGGAGGAGCUCUUCCUUCCUCUCUGCACGCUCCAUCAAACCUGUACAAUAUGUGGCCAUAGCACGCGAUCUCGGCGCCCGGACCCUGACGAGUGCGACAUGGCGUUUAUGAACCAGAUUGAGCCGGUCUGCGGCAGAAGCGCGGCGUGCCUCCACUCGGCGAACCGCAUGAUGGCUGGCAUGGAGUCGCGACGUCAGAGGGGCGUCGCAGCCGAAGCAGCAAUGGACGCCGCCUGCAACAACCCCUGUCUGGCACCCUUCCUCACAGUCCGACGUCGCCGAUAAGCAGCAAGCUCAUCAACAACACAAUAAUAGAUUAUAAUAUACUAUAAUAAUAAUCGAUGUCACCCAAUUGUGUGCGCUGACACACUCUAGUCCAUACAGCCGUCUACUCUACCCCCACCCCCACCCCUAUCUAUCCAUGUUGAAACAACUUAUUCAAUGUUACCAUGUAAUGCUUAAUUCGAGUCAACGAGACUGUAUCUCUGAUGCAAGUCGGUAUUCAACCGUUGUUGGAGAAAAUAUUGUGUGUAUCUUUAAAAAAUAAGUGUAUUGUAUCAGUUAUAUUGUUGAAAAAAAGGAAAUUAAAUAUAAAGAAAUGUGAGGAAAAGUUUUAAUUUAUCUCAAAAUAAUAAUAUUGUAAUCUGAUGUUCAAGAUAAAUAUGUCUCAAAGCAAAAGGAUUUGUUAAAUAAUAGUAUGGGUGUGUCCAAAUGAUCAACUUAUUAUAAUGAAUGAAAAAGUUUUUAUUCUCAAAAAGCAACAUGUUACAAACAUUUGAAAUGUAAACUUUACAAUAAUUUAAAAAAUAGUACUCCUCACCAAGAACGAGUCUGUGUGUGAGGAGGGUGAUUAUAUCCAAAAGACAAGAACAUGUUAUGAAACUAUAUCUAUCUAUGAAGAGUUAUUGCAGUCAGUUGUUCAAGAGAAAAGGGAUUUGUAUUAUGGGAAAUCUCAAAGGAAUUUGUUGAAAAAAUUUAUUUGUAUCUACAAUAAAUAACUAUUGUAAUUAGUUUUGUUCAAAAGAAAGACAUUAAGAAAUUGUGUAACUAGAAUUCGGUGUGCAAACGCAACUCAACAAUAAUAAUGCCGUUGUACAGCAUUUGGAAUAAAAUAGUAGAAUUUAUUGUUUCUGGAAUAAUUCCCUCUUAUUAUUUGGGAGAAACAAUAUUAUUAUUGUGUGUUUACAAACACGAACAAGGUUGUAAAAAUGCAAAACAAUGAAUCUCAUAGGACCAACAAUAUAGAUAAAUGAAUGGCUAACACAUUGAUAUUGUUAGUAACAACUAAAAAGGGAUAGUUUUAUCCAUAAAUACUCAGAUCUUACUUCUGAAUUUUUUCAAUAGAUAACCAAAUAUUAA